AUGGGCGUACACACCUGUGACCGUCGAUCCAAGGCAUCUACUAUUGCAGCCGAGUUCCCCAAAUAUCAAUUCGAGUCGGGCUUCUCCGAGGAUGACUUGUUGUAUGACCCGAACAUACGAGAGUCUGACGAAGACCGGAAUAAGCGACUACAGUCUUUGCUGAAUGACAUCUUUAGCAAUGACAAGAAUUUCUUCCUAUCGCUGACGGCGCAUUCGGGCGCUAUCACUAGUAUCUUGGAGGUUGUUGGGCAUCGGGAGUUCCCUCUACAGACUGGCGCGGUGAUUCCAGUUCUCGUCAGGGCGGAAAAAAAUCAAUCGUCCUCUGCAUCGAGAAGUGACGCAGGACCUCAGAUCAAGGCGUUUGCGGAGAAAGCUCGUAGAGACGAGGAGUUCAAAAGGCUGAAGGAGGCUGUGUGA